AUGUUAGGCAAAGAGGUUAAAGAUACUGCUCAUAAAGAACUAGUGGCCAUAAAAUCACUAGAGGACAUUCCAAAAACCAUUAUAACUAUUGAAGCAGAAACCGCAAUAUUACAUGCUCUCAGAGGAGCCAACUUGCGCAAAAACCAACAAUACGAAGAAGCACUUAUAGAACUAAACAAAGCACUAGCAAUAGAGAAUGGCUUCGUUAUCGCAAGGCAAAUACGUGGCGAAGUAUACCGUAAAUUAGGCAGAUAUCGAGAUUCACUAAAAGACUUUACUAGAGUGCUCGCAGAAUGGCCAGACAAUGUCGCAGCGAGAGCAUAUAGGGGAGAGCGUAAUCCAUCACACGUAUCCGCACUCAAAGAUCGAAGUCACAUAUAUAUCGAGCAAGAGAAAUAUUCAGAUGCGUUAACAGAUUUGAACGCCAUACUACGCAUCAAGCCAGAUGAUCCGUAUACACUCCGUGAUCGAGGACUGCUCAAGCGUAAACUGGGAUACGCCGAUGAUGCGGUAGUAGAUCUUGACAAGUCACUUGCCCAAAGACCGAAUUCGGCUACGGCAUUAGAGAAUCGGGGAAUGGCACAUUUUACCCUCGGACGGCUUCAAAAUUCUUUGAAAGAUCUCACAACAGCACUAGAGAUUCGUCAGAAUAGUUUGGAAGCUUUACAGGCACGCGCGACGGUUAACUAUGUUCUCGGUAAUUAUAGCGCGAGCCUAAUCGACCUGGAACGUGUACUUGGCCGCCGUAAUCCACCCGCACCGUUUCGAAAGAUUCGCAUUAAAAUCUUGUUCAAGCUGCAUCGAUACGAUGAGGCGCUGAACGAUCUCGAAAAGUUGUUCCAUCCCGACUUGCAGGAUCCCGAGGCGUAUUAUCUUCGUGCGUACAUGUGUUUCUUGGUUCGCAGGUUUUCAGAGGCGUUGAGCGAUCUGAACAAGGCGCUCGCUUUCGACUGCGAAAACGUGGAAGCGUUAGAGUUGAGAGCAAAGACCUAUCUGAUGUUGUAUCGGACCACGGAUGCGUUUGCUGAUUUUGAGACGGUCUCUAUAUUGGAUCCUACUCAUGUGUUUAGGCUUUGUAGUGUGGAGACUAUUAAUACUGUUAUUAAGGAGUUUUGUGCAAGGAGCGAUUGUGAAUAUAUGUAUUAA